AUGAAGUUCUCCUUCGUCCUCGCCCUCCUCCCCCUGGCCCUCGCCGCCCCCAGCCCCGCCACCGACGCCGACGCCGCCGCCGCCGCCACCAAGCAGCCCUGCUGCUCCGACUGCAGGCCCAACUACAAGGUCUGCCGCGAGGGCUGCUGGGACCGCGGCAUCUUUGGCUACUGCACUUACCAGUGCGUCAGCGACAGGACCCUGUGCAUCAACACCUGCAAGGAGUGCAAGGCCUAA